GCGCGUGUGGUCUUGCAGCUGAGCAUCCCUGCACAGCCAAUCACACGGCGCAUCCUCCUCUGAGCUACACGGAGUCCCUCUCACACUAAAAAGACCAAGUGUGUGGAAAAGUGGCACCACGGCACUUUCACACUUCUUCACUCGUGCAAGCAGAUGGCCAGCAUGAAGAAAACUCCAAAUUCAGCUCUGAAGAGGUCCUUUGAGGUGGAAGAUGUGGACACUUCAGCUCACUCUUCUCCCGGCUCCCGUCGCACAACCAACUCCCCCCACCGCAACGCCAUGUCUCCCACCAGCAUCUACUACCGUGACUUGGGCACGGCAGCCCCAAUUACCAACAACAACAACCUCAACUACACCCAACCUCGCUCCAUUAUGGGGGGAGGAGGCUCCAAGACCCCAGAGCCAGUGCCACGCCGCUCGGAGCUUUCCAUCGAUAUUUCCUCUUCAUCCAGCAAGCAAGUGGACAAUGCCACAAGCCCCGCCUCCACGCGCUUUGUAACCAACAGCGCCCUAAAGCGCCCAGAGGUCCUCGGCCACUCCAGGACCCCUGAGAUGAGCCACAAAAGGGAGGUCACUUUUGCCAAGACGCCGACAGACUCCCCAGGGAUACGUCGAAACGAAGGCAGCAGUAACACCAAUGGGACCAGUCGAACCCUGGAGCAUAGUCACAACCGCAAGUUUGAGUCCACCAGUCCUGGAGAUGUUCGCAAACCUGAAAUCAGCAUCACAAGGGCUCCGGUGGAAAACAAUGGCCACCAUGCGCCAGCGCACCACCCACACCAUCCCAAUCCUCACCACAAUGCCAUUGUCACGACCUUCAGAUGCGCCUCACCAAACCACGCUGGACGCAAAUCCCCCAACCCUGACCGGUCAGAGGUCAGUCUGAGCCAUAGCAACAUGUCGGAACACGCCAAGCCCCACCAUCCCAACCCACAUGGAAAAGGAGACAAGAGCCAUGCCGGAGACUUCAGCUAUGUCGGCAUCGAUGCCAUUCUGGAACAAAUGAGGAGAAAGGCCAUGAAGCAAGGCUUUGAACUCAACAUCAUGGUUGUCGGUCAAAGUGGCUUGGGUAAGUCCACUCUUAUGAACACACUGUUCAAAUCCAAAGUGAGCCGCAAGUCAGUUCAGCCUUGCGCUGAGGACAGGAUCCCGAAGACGGUGGAGAUCAAGUCCAUCAGUCACGAUAUUGAGGAGAAAGGUGUGAGGAUGAAACUGACCGUUAUCGACACUCCGGGCUUUGGGGAUCAGAUCAACAAUGAAAACUGCUGGCAGCCCAUCAUGAAGUUCAUCAACGCCCAGUAUGAAACCUAUCUACAGGAAGAGAUCAACAUUGACAGAAAGAAGAGGAUCCCAGACUCCAGGGUGCACUGCUGCAUAUAUUUCAUCCCUCCCACUGGCCACUGUCUGAGGCCCCUGGAUGUGGAGUUCAUGAAGCGUCUCAGUAAGGUGGUGAACAUCGUGCCCGUCAUCGCCAAGGCUGACACACUCACCCUGGAGGAGAGGGACUUCUUCAAGCAGACGAUUAGGGAAGAGCUGCGGGCCAAUGACAUUGACGUCUAUCCUCAGAAAGAGUUUGAUGAGGACACCGAGGACAGAAUGAUUAAUGAUAAAAUCAGGGAGAUGAUCCCUUUUGCUGUGGUGGGUAGCGAUCAAGAGUACCAGGAGAACGGGAAGAGGAUUCUGGGCAGGAGAACAAAAUGGGGCACCAUAGAGGUGGAAAAUAUUGCACACUGCGAGUUUGCUUACCUCAGAGACCUCCUCAUCAGGACACACAUGCAGAACAUCAAGGAUAUAACAGGCAACAUCCACUACGAGACGUACCGCGUGCGCCGCCUCAAUGAGUCCAAUAUUCAUUUCACCUCCCACCCGCCCGAGCGUCCUGCUGCUCAGCCAAAGGCCAACGGUCAGCCUGAACAGGCGGCUGUCCCCGUGCACGCCAAUGGCGUGGCCAUCCAGCAUGAAGUUCUCACCCAUGAGAUGUAGAGAGUCCAGCUGCACGACACAGUACACACACACAUACACACAUCAAUUUUGUUUACAUGAUCAGCUCCAGUUAGCAACACACCACUUUUUUACGUCCACAAUACAGUCAAUACAGGAUAGUGUCAAGAAGCAUACACGGCAUUUAAUCAUCAUUAUGGCAGCAUUUUUUUUUUUUACAAUAGAUUAGCUCUGGUUAUUGCCACUGGCCUGGUUUGUGUUGUUGCAUAGUUCUGUUUUGGAUAUUUAGAUUAGCAACCUUUUAAGGAGGAAGAGUGUGGAGCAGGAAUGGUAUUGGAAACAUUUUGUCAACCCCCACCCAACCCACUGUGAGGCUUUUAAAAUCCCUUUGAGUCUCUUACUAUAUAACACCUUACGCCAGUCACCUUGUGUUUUAUACAGUGCUCAUUUACUUAUGUAUUUUUAUUCAUGUUGUGAAGAAAUCUGUGGCCCCUGUAUCCAUUUCUUUUGCCUGCAAGUGUUUUUUUUGUAUUAUAAAGAAUAUUUGUGUGUUUAGUUACGCUAUUCUUUCAGCAACUGUUGAAUUCAAGAGAUUUGUGGCCAGAAAAAUAGCGCCCUGUUUGGAAAAAGCUGCACUUUAGGACAUUCCUGUCAACACUGCCAUGUUGUUGCCGUCGCUCUCCAGUUGAAAUACUGUAGUUUUCCCUUAUUUUCUGGAAAAUGUCCCUUAUUUUCAAAUGCAAAUGUUAACCGGUAUGCUUUUAGGACCUGGUAUAGUGAAGCGCACGUUUAUGUUUGUCCCGAAUCCCAUCUAAUAGCGACAUUAGGAGUGAGAUGUUGACGUUGCAAACUAAUUUCAGUUGCAUGAUUUUUGCUGUCACUUAGAAAUGUGUGCAAAGAAACUUCUUCAACAUCCCUUUAAUAAUGUGUGCAAAGAAACUUCUUCAACAUCCCUUUAAUAACCCCACGUUUUUGGAUAAAACAGCCUCAAGGGACUUCUUUUGCAACAUUUCCAUAAUCCCCCUGCAUACAGAGUAUCACAUCACCACAAAAGUUUAGUUCAUUCCCAUCCAGAGGAAGUUAACUUUGUUUAUUGUUGUAUAGUUCAUUUGUGACCGUAUCAUAGAUUAAGGUUUUAUCUUCCAUAUGCUAUGUCUAAGAAUAAAGAUGGAUAUUUUUAUUGUUUAAA